AUGAAGCGUUUCGCUGAUUCAAAAAGACCCCACGCUCCCCCCACACUGGCCCUUCUUUUCCCCUCCCCCCCCUCUUGCUCCCACCCCCCCUCCCCGUCUCCUUUCAACCCCUUCCCCCGUCCCCCACCAACCCCACCACACAUGUGUGGCACACAGAGCAGAGCACACAUGGAACCAACCACCCCCCGCAACCCCCCCCUCUCGCCAACAGACAUGACCUACAUGACCUGCCCUGCUGGUUCCUACCUGGACGGGGACAAGUGCCGCAAACAUGACCUGCCCUGCUGGUUCCUACCUGGACGGGGACAAGUGCCGCAAGUGCAAGCCCAGCACGUACAGCAGAGCACACAAGAUGAACAUCCAUGCAUCCCCCCCCUCCCCAUGCCACAUCUCAUGUACCCCUCCUCUCCCCCCACAGACAUGACCAUGACCUGCCCUGCUGGUUCCUACCUGGACGGGGACAAGUGCCGCAAGUGGUAUGCAGCAGACGGUCAGCUCAAAGCAGGCCCAUACGACCCACCCAAUGAAUGGUAUCCGGACGACUGUUCUCUGGGGUCGUACAACUGCCACAACAACCUGCGUGCGUCGCUGCGCAUGCAAAUGGAGCUCAUUACAUGGGGCUACAUCCGGUAUCUCUUCACAGUGAGCGCAGAGCACAAAUUCGAUGGGCUGCUCUUCUUCCUUGAUUCCUCACCAGAGCCCCUGAUGGGCCUCGAGUCCAACCAGUUUGACCCAAUGGAGGUGCAAAUAAUGCUGGAGCCGGGCAUUCACACGCUGGAGUGGGUGUAUUACAAGGACUCCAAGUUCACCAAGGGGAGAGACUCUGCUGCCCUUCACCUGGUAGAGGUGGGUGGGAUUGACUACACGGACCGGCAGUGCUUCCCGUGCCAAGCAGGCUUCUACAGUGAGGAGGGCUCUACUGAGUGUGCGCCAUGCCCUGUCGACCACUACUCACAGGAUGGCUGGCCGGAGUGCAAGCCAUGCAGCGCUGAAGAGUAUGCGCAGUCCCCUCCUCGAGCCAACUGCACUGCCAGGCCUCAGUGCAAUGUGACAACGGAUGCCGCCCCUACCUACGGCAACUGUAGCGCAGUGGACAACCAGAGAAUCAAGACCUGGGAAUGGCUCACGCCGCACAUCUGUGCGCCCCUCUCGGAGGACGAGGACCUUCCUGCUGACACCCACGAGCCGUGCCCGCCAUGCCCCUCGGGUCAGUACGCUGUGGAGGACAGCACCACUCGCACCAGACUCUGCCACUUCUGCCCACCGGGUCUGGCACGCAACGCCACCACCUCCACAGCAAGCAAACCGUGCCGCAAGUGCCCUCCGGGAGAGGUGGCGGUGAAGGCCCUCACCAUGGACCACUUUGAGCUGCACCGGGGGAAGCUUCCUGACGGCUUUGUGACCGGGUGCAGCGGUGACUGCGGUUCGCUGGGGUGGAGAGUGGUGAACGGAAAGCUGGACUCUGGCAGCAACCACGGCAAGAGUGCUUCUGUGUGGCUGUCCUACGAUGUCAGCAUGGCAGUGGAUGGGCACAUCACGUUUGCCUACGACGUGGACAUUCCACGGGGGGACCUGCAGAGAGGGCUCUUCUUCUAUGUGGAUGACCAGCUGGUGCUCAACAUUGAGGACGAGCAGGGUGCCGGCUCGGCGCCGGCCGGCCCGACAACCAGCGACACGUGGCCGCUGCCAGCUGGCAACCACAGUCUGAUGUGGAUCUGGGUGACGCUCAACGCUGACAAGGCGAUCGCCAGGCGGGACUCUGCGGAGAUCCUGGAUAUCACCGUGUGGGGCAGCACGGUGGGGGGCGCGCCUGCGUGUGUGCCCAUUCCGCCUGGCACUGCUCCUGACCCCGCCACCCUCACAUGGAAGGCCUGUCCCCCUGGAGAGUACAGCGAAGGGUCGGGUCUGCCGUGUGUAAAAUGCCCUGCCAACACCUUCAACCCAAGACCCAAGGGCACCCACUCCUCGUGCCUCCCCUGUGGCCCGGGCACCUCGUCCCUCCCAGGCAGCACUGCUUGCACUGUUGGUGACGUCACUGUCCCCUCCUCCUUCUGCACCUUCCAAGAUCCAACGGCUGCGGAUCGCCAGCACGGGCCACUGUACUUUGUGUCCGUGUGUGCCGCACCUGCUGGCAACACAGAGACCGGGGAGAAAGAGGCGGGGAGCACAGAGGGUGGGGAGGGAACGGAGGGGAAGAAGGAAAAGGGUAGGGCGAUGGAGUGUACUGAUGCAGAAGGGAAGCCGAUAGCGACCAUGGCGUGUCGGGUGAAUCCUCAGGUGAUGCUGGACGAGCAGCACAGAGGAUCUCACAGUCUAGGCGACCGUGUCUCCCUCUUCCCCCUCUCUCCCCUCUCGCACCCUCCAAACGCCACCGACCCCCUUCCCCACCGCCCUGACCCCAUCCUUGCGCGGAGGGGACUGGUGAUGGUACUGGAAGGGGAAAAAUGUCCCUUCUCUGUGCAGGGGGGCGGGGGGGAGCAGAGCAGGUGGGGGAUGGGGGGGGAUGCGGAGAAGGGGAAGGGGAAGGGGAAGGGGGAGGGCGGGGAGGAGAGGUAUGGGCGGCUGACAAUCACUUUCAUAUGCGACCCGAAUGCAGGCAUCGGCCACCCCUCUCCCUGGACGGAAGAAGGCAGGCGGGCAGCGUUCAACACGACCCUCCCCUUCCCCGCCUGGACCAAGCGGGGGGGCGACCCAGUCCCCGUCACACAGGGGGGAGGCGAUGGGGUGGUGCCGGGGUGUGUGUAUGAGCUGGCGUGGUACAGUGCGUAUGCUUGCCCUCUGUGCUCUGAAGAAGAUGUGGAGGAGGUACCAGUGGCAGACUGCCACAACAACAAGCGAGCGACUUACAAGUACCGCCAUCCAAGGCUGGCGUGGUACAGUGCGUAUGCUUGCCCUCUGUGCUCUGAAGAAGACGUGGAGGAGGUACCAGUGGCAGACUGCCACAACAACAAGCGAGCGACUUACAAGUACCGCCAUCCAAGGCUGGCGUGGUACAGUGCGUAUGCUUGCCCUCUGUGCUCUGAAGAAGACGUGGAGGAGGUACCAGUGGCAGACUGCCACAACAACAAGCGAGCGACUUACAAGUACCGCCAUCCAAGGCUGGCGUGGUACAGUGCGUAUGCUUGCCCUCUGUGCUCUGAAGAAGACGUGGAGGAGGUACCAGUGGCAGACUGCCACAACAACAAGCGAGCGACUUACAAGUACCGCCAUCCAAGGCUGGCGUGGUACAGUGCGUAUGCUUGCCCUCUGUGCUCUGAAGAAGACGUGGAGGAGGUUCCAGUGGCAGACUGCCAUACCAACAAGCGAGCGACUUACAAGUACCGGCACCCAAGGCGCCGACGGAUCUCAUCCGCAGACGCCGGCGGAGCAACAGGUACGCUCGCGGCAGGACGUGCAGGAGGAAGCGGACGGGGAGCAGGAUCAAUCGCCGCGGCGCAGUCGCGACCCAGAGCACCAAGGAAGUCCAUCGCCCCCCGCUCAAGGCGCGCCACUGCCAUGAGACGAGCCGAUAACGCCAAUCUCCCAGGCGCAAGAGGCGGCACCGGUGGCAGCCACUCCGCGGAGCGGACGGGGAAGCACGCGGGGGAGAGGCGGGCGUCGAGGAGCGCGCGGAGGACAGCGGAGCGCAGGCCAAGUGGCAAGGGGACCUCCGCGCCAAGUGCCGAGCCCAAUCUGGUUGGGGGAGCCGGCGGAACGAGUCACACGCCAGUGGUUCGCUAG